UAUGGUCGUCAACGUUCUUCUCUGUCUCUCGCGCUUUCCUCCUUUUAUUCCCCCUUCAUUUCUCUCUGUCCGCCAUUAGGGUUUCUUUAAUCCUUCUCGAUGUGGAGAAAGAAUGGUGGUUUCUGAGGCGGAAGUAGUCCCCAAGGCGGAGGAGCUAGGGUUAGGGUUGGCGCCAGCCCCGUCCUCUUCUUCUUGCCCUCCCGAUUCUUCUGUGGAAGCUCUUACUGGAGAGCUUGCGAGCUUGAAGCUGGAGAAGAAGUCUGCCGAGGGAGAUGGUGAUCAGGACAGUACUGGGGCUGGCGAUCAGGAAGAGAUCACUGGGGCUGGCGAUCAGGAAGAGAUCACUGGUGACGAGAAUGAUGGUGUUCUUGAGAAGGAUUCGGGGUCGCCGGGGAAGGAGAAAGACUGGAAGAGAGAGAGGUUUCGGUAUCCCCAGAGACCCGAUGAGCCUGACUGCAUGUAUUAUUUGAAAACUGGAAGCUGCCGAUUCGGAUCGAGCUGCAAGUUUAAUCAUCCUGCCAGAAGGAAGAGGAAUCAGGUGAAAUCCAAGAAACCAUUUGAGGCGAAUCAGGCUGUUAAAGAAGAGCAAAAGGAACCUAUUCCAAAGGUAGGACAGACAGAAAGCAAGGCUGUUGAUGAAAUGCAAAAUGGAACUCUUUCAGAAAGGGUGGAGCCGAAAGAAUCCAAGUUUGUUGAGAAGAGAGAAGGUUCUCCUUCAAAAAUGGUGGAUCAGACAGAACGUAAGGCUACUGAAGAAAAGGGAAAAGAAACACUUUCUGAAAGGGGUGGGCAAACAGAAUGCAAGUAUUACUCAAUGCCAGGAGGCUGUAAGUUUGGAAAAGCUUGUAAAUAUGUUCAUCAUCGAGGAAAACAUGAAAAUAACUCAGUGCAGCUAAAUUUUUUGGGCCUUCCAAUUCGACCGGGAGAACGUGAGUGCCCUUAUUACAUGCGUAAUGGCAGUUGCAAAUUUGCAACAAACUGUAAGUAUCAUCAUCCUGAUCCUACUGCUGUGGGUGGACAAGAUCCUCGAUCAGGCCAUCGAAAUAGUGAACCUCCACAACAACGUGGUUUAGGAGCACCACAGGUGCCCAUGACCUGGCCUGUGCAGACAAUGUCAAAUGAGCCAGUUUCUUUCCUCAAUGCAUCACCCUCUUAUGUUCCUGGGAUGAUUUUACCUCCUCAAAGGCUCCAUUCAAAUCUAGAAUGGAAUGGGUAUCAGGCUCCGGUAAGUCCAUUGUUUCCACCAGAUAUUCAUGCACGGAACUCCUCAGCUUCAACCAUAAAUCAUAAAACAAACAAGGGAGAUAUUCCUGUAAGUCAGCAAGUGCCUGUUGAUGAAUAUCCCGAGAGACCUGGCUUGCCGGAAUGCCAAUAUUUCAUGAAACAUGGGGUUUGUAAAUUUAAAACAGCAUGUAAAUUUCACCAUCCAAAGACUCGUCUUCAAACAGUGCCAGUAGACGUUCUUAGCCCCGUUGGCCUGCCCUUGAAACCUGAUCAACCAGUGUGCACACAUUAUAGUCGUUUCGGAGUGUGCAAGUAUGGACCAUCUUGUAGAUUUGACCAUCCAAUUGGUCACAGUUUUUCAGCGUCAGCAGGUGCGGCGGUAUCUGGACAGACUGCAACCCCAAACAAUGCUACAACACAAGAAUCAUAUGUGACAGGCAGCAAUUAUUUGGUUCAACAGCCAGAGUGAUAUUUAUGAGGCCUUUGCUGUAAAAUCAUAGGUCAACUAAUUGUGGAGAGCUGCAUAAACACUGCCUUGGUGCCAGAUUUUAGAUUUCCAUUUCAUUGGUGUAUAAACACCUUUUGCUUUGUACAGGGAUUCAUGUGUUAUAUUUACCAGAAAUAUAGACUAAAUAAUAAUAACACAGCUGAGAAAAAGUUUGUGGUGA